UGCGAACAUGGUGAAGUACUUUUCUGUGGACUGGCUGGCCCAGAGCCACCACAGCGGCACCACGGAGGAGGAGCACAGAGCUGGCAUGGAUACCCCGGUAACCUCCAGACCUCAUAUUCCCUGCAUGGUGCAGCCGAGCCCUCCGACUUUGGGCAAAAGUUACCUGCAGCCAAAACCCAAAUCAUCAAAGCCCACAGAAAACAUGGAGCCUGUGGAGAAGAAAGGAGACCAGGACUCCAGGCUGUGCUCACCUUUACAUCUAACAAAUUGCUCGUCACCAAUUUUAGAAACCAGUGGUUAUUCCUCCGGGUACGAGAGCGAAGCAGCCUCCUCCGAGUGUCUGUCUUUGGAUGAGGGCAUGGAGGCGGAGAAAGACGGACCACGGCGCCGUGUGCGCACAAAGUUCACUCCCGAGCAGAUCAGCAAACUGGAAAAGAUCUUCAACAAGCACAGAUACCUGGAUGCUGGCGAGAGAGUGAAGACAGCGCAGAAGCUCAGCCUCACAGAAACCCAGGUGAGGACCUGGUUCCAGAACAGGAGGAUGAAGCGGAAACGCGAGUUGCAGGACUAUCCCUCCCCGCAAGUGAUCUUCCAGCAUCUCCCCCUGGUUCAGUGCCAAGGCAUGGCCGGACAGCGACCUCUCUAUGCCGCCACGGACCGGGCCUUCUACCCACUCCCCGUCCCGCAGCUGCUCCUCCGGCAGCAGAUGCCUCUUCAGCACCCGCCUCAUCUCAUGAUCCACCCACGUUUUUACUGAGCAGCUGUCACAACAUAAAGACCUUUCCUACUGAAACACUUAAUUUAAAGUUGCUUUACUUGAUGUUUGUUUGUUUGUUUGUUUUUUAUUAAUGUUGAUAUAAAUGUAAAUAACGACAGAACAAGCUAUUUAUCAUUGAAUAAAGUGUAUCCUCUUUGCCUGUUGUAAA